AUGAACUCUUUAUUAUAUGAUACAAUAGAAGACUCAUUAAGUAAUCUUCUUCAAAAUCAUUCACUUACUCAUUUACUUCAACAAGAUCGCGAACAAUUAAUAACUCAAUCAUAUUUUAUUUCUUAUUAUCAUCCAAAUAUUGAUCGAGAUCAAGCCGAACAAUUAUUAAAAACAAACUAUAUAAAUUCAAAAAUUGAUGGAUUAUUUUUAAUACGUAAUUGCACAACAUCAUCGCAUGAUUAUAGCUUAUCACUGAUUUAUAACGAUAGAUGUUAUCAUUACAAAAUACAACUUUUAUAUGACAUUCAUUUUUCUAUUGAUUCCGGUCCACAAAUAGCUGGUAUAGAUAAUUUAAUACGUUAUUAUCAAGAACGUGCAGAUGGUCUUAUUUGUAUACUUUCAACUGAAUUCAUUCAAGGUCAACCACUUCCAAUUACCAUUCGAUGUAUUGGUACAACUAAUAUUCUACAUCAAGCAUGUAAACAAGGUAAAGUUGAUAUUGUUCAAAGAAUUCUCUCAUCUCAAUACGCAACAUAUCGACCUGAUAUUAGUGGAAAAGAUUCCUAUGGUUCGACAGCACUUCAUGAAGCAAGUUAUUAUGGUCAUGAUAAUAUUGUUCGAUUAUUAAUCAAAGCAGGUGGUAAUAUUCGUAUUCGAGAUGCUAAUGGUUCAACAGCUUUACAUAGAGCAGCAGCAGGUAAUCGUCCAUCGACAUUACUUAUUUUGAUCAAUGAAGGUUUACUAGAUUAUGAAGAACGUAAUUAUAAAAAUUAUUGGGUACCAUUACAUGAAGCUGCUUUUCAUAAUUCAACAGCUUGUGUUCAAGUUUUACUUGAUUGUGGUGCUCCACUUCGACCACGUACUAAUGAAGGAAAAACUCCUCUUCAAUUAGCUGAAGAAAAUCAAUGUAUUGAAUCAAUUCUUAUUUUAAGACAAUAUAAAACAUCAUUAGCUAAAUCAUCUCGUAAUGAUUGGUUACAUGAUAAAUCAAAUUUUGAUCGUUUUGCUGCUAAACAAUUAAUUGAAUCGGUUAAAAAUGAAUCUUCUAAUGGAAUGUUUAUUGUUCGUCAUAGUUCGAAAAAUUUAAAAAAUUAUGCUUUAACACUUUAUAAUAAAAAUGAAUUUUUUAAUUUUGAAAUUAUAUGUCUUAAUGAAACAACAUUUUAUAUUGAUGAUGGACCUUAUUUUGAUUCAUUAGAACAUUUAAUUGAUCAUUAUUGUCGUAUACCGGAUGGAUUACCAAUAACAUUAACAUGUUCAGUGAAUCAAUCAGGACAACUUGUUUCAAAUCCUCUUCAGCCAUUGAUAAAUUCUUCUACAAAUAAUAAGCCGAAAGAAACGUCGUUGCCUGUAAAACAUAAUAUCAGUCGUCAAACAAGUAUUGAUACAGUUAAAACUAUCAAUAGAACUGCUCAAUCCUUACCAUUAAAUCCUCGUACAAAAUUUCCGUCGUCUUUAAGUAGUUCAAUAACUUCUCUUAAUUCAUCAUCAUCUCGUUCUCGUGCUUCAUCAGCACAAGAAAGUCCAUUAUCAACUUCAUCAUCGAAUGCAUCGUUAUCAAGUACGAGUCCAUCAAAACCAACUAUAUUACCAGUUAGUAAUGAUACUGAACUGAAAAAUCGAAAAUUAUUUUUUGAUCGACGUAAAACAAUUGAUGGUAAAAUUAUUUCAUAUUUACCUGAUCUACCAAAAGAAGCAAAAAUAAAACGAUUAACAAUGCCAAUUGUAACAUUAGAAAAACAAAAACCAGUUAAAUUGAAUUUUAUUUCACCCGAUCAAAUUCAACAAAUAGCAAAAUUAGGUGAAGGUGAAUUUGGUGAAGUUUAUGAAGGUUUUUAUCAAGAAAAUUCAGUAGCUAUACCUGUAGCAAUGAAAGUUCUAAAAGAUUAUUCAUAUUCAGCUAAACAAGAUUUUCUUCGUGAAGCUAAACAUAUGUCACAAUUAAAUCAUCCUUGUAUAUGUAAAUUAUAUGGUAUUGUUGAUUCAUAUAAUACCGAUAUGAUGAUGGUUAUUGAAUUACUUUUACUUGGAUCAAUGGUUGAUUAUUUAUGGAAACAUAAACUUACAAUAAGUGAAUAUCGUUUAAAAUUAUGGGCAUCACAAAUAGCUGAUGGAAUGGAAUAUAUGGAAUAUAAAGGAAUUGUUCAUAGAGAUUUAGCAGCAAGAAAUAUACUUUUACAAUCGAUAGAUCAAGUGAAAAUUAGUGAUUUUGGUUUAUCAAGAUGUAUUGAUACAGAUAUUUAUAUACAAAGAUCGGAUAGUAAAAUUCCUGUUAAAUGGUAUGCACCAGAAGCGAUUAGUAUUGGAAGAUUUACUUCAAAAUCUGAUGUUUGGUCAUUUGGUGUAACUUUAUGGGAAAUGUUUUCGUAUUCAGCAGCACCUUAUGGUGAUAGAAGUGGUAAUGAAGUAUAUUAUUCUUUAAAACAAGGUAAUCGUUUGGAACGACCAUUGCGUUGUCCAUUAUCUAUGUAUCAUAUAAUGCUUCAAUGUUGGGAAUGGGAUGAGCAAAAACGGCCAACAUUCUAUCAACUUGUUCGAUUAAUAAAAAAUGAAUUUAUAACUGGUCAAUCGAACAAAACAGUACGAAGAUCACUUUCAGUCUUUGAUGAAAUUAAUAAUGAACGAAAGAGUACACAAUAUCGAAUGAAUGGUGAUGAACAAGAAUCAAAGAAAUUUGCACAACUUUGA